AUGCCCCCCGCACCCUGUGCGCUAUGCAAAACUAACCGCGCCCUCAUUCUCCGCCCUAAAGACCACUCGAAGCUCUGCAAAUCCUGCUUCAUCUCCGUCUUCGAGACCGAAAUCCACCACACCAUCACCACAAACACCCUCUUCUACCGUGGCGAGAGAAUCGCAAUCGGCGCUUCUGGCGGCAAGGACAGCACGGUUCUCGCAUCCGUGCUUAAGACCCUCAACGAGCGCUAUGACUACGGCGUCGAGCUCAUUCUGCUCUCCAUCGACGAAGGCAUUAAAGGGUAUCGCGAUGACUCACUCGAGACAGUAAAGAGGAAUGCAAAGCAGUAUGAUAUGCCAUUGACCAUUCUGGGGUAUGAUGAGCUGUAUGGGUGGACGAUGGAUCAGGUGGUGGAGCAGGUGGGAAAGAAGGGGAAUUGUACGUAUUGCGGAGUGUUUAGACGGCAAGCGCUGGAUCGAGGUGCGGCGAGGUUGGGGGUGAGACAUGUGGUUACCGGACAUAAUGCGGAUGACGUUGCCGAGACGGUGCUUAUGAACUUGCUUCGCGGCGACCUCCCGCGACUUUCGAGAACCACGUCCAUUGUAACAUCCACUCCGUCCGCCGUCUCAUCCGACCCAAACUCACACACAAACAUCAAGCGCAGCAAGCCCUUGAAAUACGCCUACGAAAAGGAAAUCGUCCUCUAUGCCCACCAUAAGAAUCUCGACUACUUCAGUACCGAAUGCAUAUACUCUCCCGAAGCUUUUCGCGGCAGCGCUCGUGCACUUAUCAAAAACCUCGAGCGGGUCCGACCAAGUGCCAUACUUGACGUAGUGAGAAGCGGAGAGGACAUGGCAAAGCUAGUGCCGGGGAGUGACGUAAGCUGUGAGAGGACGUGUUCCAGCGCCACUCCCGCAGCCGAAGAAGAAGGCGGAUGCGGGAGUUCAAACGGAAGGACUGCGGGUGGGGAAAUGGCUAACAUGGAACUUCAACUCGCCCAAAACGAUGUUGCCGCCGAAGCCGGACUCGAGGUUGAGAUCACAUCCAGUCACAUUACCAGCAGCCAGCUAGAGGAGCACACCGUCAAGGCAGUGCAAGCUGCGAACGGAAAGAAUGGGAGAAAGAAGAAGGGACUAGCAAUCACACCACGCAAGAACCCCAAACAAGUGAUGGGGCAAUGCAAGCGCUGUGGAUACCUCUCCAGUCAGGAGAUCUGCAAAGCGUGUGUGUUGCUCGAAGGACUAAACAAGAAUCGACCCAAGAACAGUAUCGAAGUUGACUAUGAAGUACAAGAGAAGGAAAAUGGCGUGGUGCAAUGCGUCACCAACGGCUUGACCCGAGUACACAUUACGGGAGAUUGA